AUGUCCGACACAGGCGUUGACGACAAGGAGCUGAGCGCCGGCCCACAGCCGCAGCCGCAGCAGAAGGAGCGCCGCAAGAUCGAGAUCAAGUUCAUCCAGGACAAGACCAGACGGCACAUCACCUUCUCCAAGCGCAAGCAUGGGAUCAUGAAAAAGGCGUACGAGCUGUCCGUGCUCACGGGCACGCAGGUGCUGUUGCUGGUGGUCUCUGAGACCGGGCUCGUGUACACGUUCACCACGCCCAAGUUUCAGCCCAUCGUGACGCAGCCCGAGGGCAAGAACCUCAUCCAGGCGUGUCUGAACGCGCCCGAGGAAGACGAAGACGCUGAGGAGGAGGAAGACGACGACGAAGACGCGGACGACGACGACGACGCCGCGAAGCUCCCAUCCGCCCACCAGCAGGUGCCCAUGGCGGGCGCGCCGCCCCAGCAGCACGGCCAGCAGCCGCACCAGCAGCAGCAGCAGCAGGUCCAGCAGCACGCCCACGCCCACGCCCACGCACACGCCCAGCAGCACCCACACCAGCAGCAACAGCAGCAACAGCCGCCGCAGGCGGCUGCCGCUGCGGCGUACGGCAACCCGGCCGCGGCGUACCUCAGCGCGGACCAGGCCGCCGUGUACCAGCAGUACUUCAACGGCGUGAACCCACAGCAGGGCCAGUACUAA